GGUGUAGUGCGCGUCUGGACGCAGUUGAGGAUGCAGGGGGAUAUACAACACGGGAAUAUAUGACAAGUGGAGGGGGAAUGUGCGGGAAUCUCCCUUUUUCACCUCAGUUAAAGAUGUAGUUGUUGUAAUUGGUGCACAGGCUCGGGGGGACCCAUUGCUUUCCUCGUAGGAUCUCUGUUCAGUCGGAGCGAGUGCUCGCAAAGCUUUUGGCGGAUAUCUUUCCCAGCCGCGGACUGCACGCGCUCCGGUGCCGAGAAGGUUUUUCAUGCCUAAAUGACUGAAAUGUCUCAAAGUCAGUGUGCUGCCUUGGUUGGUGAAGACCAGCCCCUCUGUCCAGACCUCCCUGAACUUGACCUCUCAGAGCUGGAUGUCAGUGACUUAGAUGCAGACAGUUUCCUGGGUGGCCUCAAGUGGUACAGUGACCAAUCAGAGAUCAUUUCCGCUCAGUAUGGCAACGAGGCAUCCAAUAUUUUUGAGAAGAUAGAUGAAGAAAAUGAGGCCAACUUGCUGGCAGUGCUUACAGAGACCCUGGACAGCAUCCCGGUGGAUGAGGACGGAUUGCCUUCGUUUGAGGCCCUGGCAGAUGGGGACGUGACCAAUGCCAGUGACCGGAGCUGUCCCUCCUCCCCUGACGGCUCGCCGCGUACCCCAGAGCCUGAGGAGCCUUCCCUGCUGAAGAAGCUCCUUCUGGCACCCGCAAACUCCCAGCUCAGCUAUAAUCAAUACACAGGUGGCAAGGCACAGAACCAUGCAGCCAGCAGCAACCACCGGAUCAGACCACCACCUGCCGUCGUCAAGACGGAGAGCCCCUGGAAUGGCAAAGCAAGAGGGGGCUCCAGCCAACAGAACCGCCCGGUGAGGCGGCCUUGCACUGAGCUGCUGAAAUACCUAACGGCCACUGAUGACAUCCUGCUCCACACCAAAGCCAGUGAAGCCAAGAGCACCUGGGGGGGUGCCGGUAGCAGAGACAAGGGUGGCUUGGGUCUUGGCGCGUCUUCCUCCUCCUCUUCGCCAUCCUCGUCAUCCACCUCCUCGUUCUCAUCCCUCUCCUCCACCUCUUCUUCCUCAUCCUCCACCACCUCCAAGAAGAAGUCAGCUGUACCAUCUCAACAACAACAACAACAACAACAACAACAACAGCAACAACAGCAGCAGCAACAACAGCAGCAGCAGCCGCCGCAGCAGCAUCACCAGCGAGGUGAGAGCCGGGCUGCAGGCGAGUGUAGUGUGGCUGGUGUUGGGGCUGGGAAGUGGCAGCGUUGCAGUCACGAUGACGGGGUUGAGGAGUCGGAGGGUGCUUCUAUCCCUGUCGGCCACAGAACCUCCACCUGCGGCCAUGCCCGCCCCAAACUGGAGCACGGGCCGCCCAGUGAAGAAGGAAGGCCGCCAGGCGAUGUGGGCCGCCUGGCCGCCGCUAGGUUUAUUAGUGACCACAAGGGAUCACCGUUUGAGAACAAAACCAUUGAACGCACAUUAAGUGUGGAAAUUGCUGGAACCCCAGGUCUGACACCACCUACCACGCCCCCACACAAAGCCAGUCAAGAGAAUCCUUUCAAAGCAUCGCUCAAAACCAAGUUGUCUUCAUGUUCCUCCUCAGCCUUGGCAUGCAAAAGAGCCAGACUGAGCGAGUUGGGCCCCGGCGCUCUGGCCCCGGCCCCAGGUGCCUCAGGCGGGGGCCCCACAAGGAAGGGUCCCGAACAGACUGAGCUUUAUGCCCACCUGAGCAAAGCGUCCACCGCCCUCCCUUACUCUGUCACCCAACACACAGUGGGGGGUGGCCUUGAGGAGCAUCGCAGCACUAGCAACAAUAAGCGAGCGGCGCCCCGCUGCUACAGUGACCAUGACUAUUGCCAAGCGUCAGCUAGCACUAAGAAGGAUGGCGGCACAGCCACUGUUACCAUGACUACAGUCACCUCAGGUGCCACUGUUGCUCCCAUGCCAAUUGCAGGCAAAGUGGAGGACAGGCAUGUCGAAUGUAAGGACUCAGCCAUGCCACCGUCCUCAUCAUCAUCAUCAUCAUCAUCAACAUCUUGUUCUCCAUUAUCAGCUUCAUCUGGUCCUUUGGCUAAGCAGCAGAAUUUUGCCUCUGUGAAUGGAGAAGCAGCCCGGGUCCAGGGUUUAGGGAAGCAGACCCUUACACAAACCCUCCAGAUCCCAUCACAAGAGGCCACUACUGACGGGGACCAACAGCACCCUUCUGCCAUCAGCCGCAAGCUCCUGUGCGACAAGGAAAUCAGAGCAGAACUCAAUAAGCACUUUGGUCAUCCCUUACAUGCCCUUCAUAGCCAGGGUGGCCAGGAGAGAGAACCAGGCAGCAAACCGAAUAAGGCUACAGCCCCUCAGUCUCUUGAGGAAGGAGAGGAUGGUAACUGCUCCCAAAGGGUGCCAGGCUCCAGCUACCUGCACCCAGGGUUCCUGCCCUUCCACGAAGAGCUAGAGCUGGGUGAGGGCCGUGAGAGUCGCUUCCUCUAUCCAUGGGAGGGCACCCCUCUGGACCUACUCUUUGACUGCCCCCCCUGCUCUCCCUCCUGUUCCCCACCAUCCAGCUGCUCCCCUUCACGAGGCUCCGUCUCCCCACCUUCCUCUCUCCUCCUCUCGCCCAGCAGGCCUUUCUGCUGGACCAGCAGCAGCUCCCGCUCCCGUUCUCGUUCCCACUCUGGCUCCCGCAGCUCCUCCUCACACCACCGGAGGCGCUCCCUCUCCAGUUCACCUGACAGACGCCCCUCCUCCUGGUCUCGUCACAACACAGAUUCAAGCACUUUUCGUUCCAGGACUCACAAGAGCCCCCACCCUCAGUCUCGAUCUCCUCUCAGCCGCAGGCCAAGGUAUGACAGCUAUGAGGAGUACCAGCACGAGAGGCUGAAGAGGGAGGAGUACCGCCGGGACUACGAGAAGCUGGAGUUUGAAAGGGCCGAGCAGAGAGAAAGGCAAAGGCAAAAAGCAAUAGAGGAGAGACGGGUGGUGUAUGUGGGGCGACUGAGGUCCGACUGCACCCGGACGGAGUUGAAGCGCCGCUUUGAAGUCUUUGGCGAAAUUGAAGAAUGUGCAGUGAACUUGAGGGACGAUGGGGACAAUUUUGGCUUCAUCACGUACCGCUACACUUGUGACGCCUUUGCCGCCCUUGAGAACGGACACACCUUACGCAGGUCAAACGAGCCUCAGUUCGAGCUGUGCUUUGGCGGGCAAAAGCAGUUCUGCAAAUCACAUUACACAGACCUGGACUCCCAUUCGGACGACUUUGAUCCAGCCUCCACAAAAAGCAAGUAUGACUCCAUGGAUUUUGACAGCUUGCUGAGGGAGGCCCAGUGGAGCCUGAGAAGGUAACCAGUUCAGUGGCACCUGCUGUCUGUCACAAAGAGGGACUUCUGAUACCUCACUGUUGUUUCUCGCUCCUUUGACGACGAGACUACCAGAAGUUUUACACUCUAUGUCAUAGAGUAUAUAAGAAUAAGUCUAUAGACCUAUAUCAAUAUAAAUGAAUAUAUCAAAAAUAAAGUUUACAUGAACAUAGCUGCUGAAGAGCUGGAAAGAGACAAUGCAUUCUGGGAAAGCCAGUGAACCCUCAGAACCUGGUGCACAGGUUUGGUGCACUCUACUGCUGUACAACCAUCAGUGAAAGAAGAAAAGAAAAACUUUCAUGAUUUUUUUUCUCCAAGCACUACAAUGCCCACAAUUCUUUGGGAGUGAAAACAUGCAGCUUGUUCAACCAGAUUUGUUUUCUUUUGCUGUUGACUUUUCUUUCUUUUAUUCUUUUAAAUCUGGUGUUUGGAUCUAGUGUUACAAACAAGAGUAUAGGGAAUUGUAUCUUGGAGGUAAAAUUCUCAAGGUAACAUUGUUGUCUACAUUUUAAGGAGAAAUGUAGCUGUGUAUUUACAAAUACUAUAAAAAGGAAUAUUUUUAUUUUAUGUACAUAUCGGAUAAAGUUCUUUAUUUGUUACAGCUAUGCACUGUAAAAUGCAGCCUUUUUUAAAAAUGAAGAGAAACUUUCUUAAUUCAGAAUGUCGAUCUGUAGUAAUUACAAUACUGUAAAAGAUAUUGUACAGCUACAUGAUGUUUAGAAGACAUGAUAUGAUUGUAAAAAAAAAAGAAAAAAGAUGUGUCCAAUUGCUCAUUUUGAGGGAGCAUGUGAACAAACGUCCUUUUUUAAGUUAUUUUGUUGGGGAAAAAGCAGUCAACCAUGUAUAGUUUUAUCUGUUUAUAAAGUUUCUCAAUCAGUGUUUUUGCUUAUACAACCAGUGUAAAAUGCAUUUUUAACGUGUUUUUCAUGAUUGUAAAAAAAAGGUACCCCAUUUUUUUAUUAAUUACUUCUGAAGCAAUCAGUCUAUAUAUACAUAUAUAUACAUAUAUAUGUAUAUAUAUAUAUAUAUAAAACUUGGUUUGAUUUCAUUGCUUUGUAUGGUUCUCGUUUUGAUUACCUUCAGUGAAAGACGAUACUGCAUUCAAAUCUUUUCAAUCAGUACAAACACAUAUUUAUCUAUUUAUUUUAAUAUUUGAAUCAAGAAUAUUUAUGGGCUCCAUUUUACAUGGCGCACCUUCAUGAACUGUAUUUACUGUUUAUGUUGUCCUUUUGAUUUGUGUUAUUUAACUUGCAAUCACUAGACAGGGUGUACAAUAAAUGGUUUGGUGGGGGAUAAUAUUACCUUCUAUGCCUUUCCAAAACAAUCAAAACAUUCAGCUAAUCACUCCAGCAGUCACCCCCUCAUCAUUUUAAUGAUUUCUGUCUCCACUACCAGUCAGAUCUGCAGGUCACUGGUUUUUCUUUCUACAGAAGCAGAACAUGAAGCAAUAAAAUGAUUUUGCAGGAAUUUUGUUGUACCACUGUAAACACUUGUUGUCAUCGCUCCACUCACGCUUGAUUAUGUGAAUGCCAAACAAAAGUUUACAAUUUCCUUUUCCUGAAUUUUUUAAAGAUCUUGUAUUUGAUGUAAUAUAUAUAUAAAUAUAUAUAUACAAUGAUGAUACUACUAAUAUUAUUCACAAUAAUUACAAGAUGAUUAAUAAAAAUAACAAUGAUAAUAAUAUAAAUGAAAGACAAAAAUAUAUAAAAAGCAAUAAAUUAUUUUUCAGAGUUGUAUUUUAGCUCCUAUUGUUGUGUGAUUUUUGGACUUGACCCAUUACCCAGUCGCUGGUAGCUAGGAUGACUCCAUUCCAGUAUCUUGGCAUUUCAUCACCGUGACAUUAUCCUGUGCGGUAAACACUUGAUUGUCCCCGCUCCAAACUCUCCUCCUCUUCCCUUUAAGAUGUAAUUGAGUCUAUGUGAUUGUAAUGCACACAUUACUUUGUGACAUCUGUGCAAACGUGACUCUUAACUCCACCCUGUGUGUACAAUGUGUCGAGUUGAAACUGUUUGUUGUGUAGUGCAUGGCUAUUACAGGAUGACAGUUGGUAAAGUAUAUACCACUUUGGAUAUCUGCCUCUCAGCUGUCUUUAACUGGCAGAUUUUAAAUGACAUUCUAUAAGCCUAGAGAAAACUACUCAACGAUGUAUCGCAUGCCGCACCAUUUUCCAUCACAGACCCGCCCUUCCUCCACCCACCAACCCCCCCACCUCCCUCCCCACUCACAGUCCAGAUAUCACAGCGCCGUCGACAUGACAUAAAAGGUAACCUUGCGGUUUCUGGUUCAAUUAAUAUCCCGUUCCUAGCGCGAGCCAAGUAAUGAGAGAACCAGCUUCCAUCACAGGAAGAAGAAAUCUUUGUAUGAAAGCUUUUCUGAUCACAGGCUUCCUUUCAUGGAGUUUGACUGUGGAGACAAGAAACGGCAAAUUUUUAUGAUGCAAAGAGGCAAAAAUUGGUCAAGGGAAGGAUAAAAAACCCUUUACCUGUGUUUUAACAUUGUUUUACUUUUUUGCUGUCUGUAUAGCGUUUGGGUAAUGGUGUCGUGUCCCAUUUGAUAGAUGUGGCUUUAAUCAUUGUAAUAAAAAAAUGCUUUGUAAA